AGAUUUUUUUUUUUUAAAGUUUGCAGUAGCAGCCAUCUGGUGGACUAUCCUGGGGGAAGCUCACGUUUAACUGGAUUUAAACCUUUAUAUUGGAAUAUUAGCUGUUGAUCCAUUCUUUUUCCUAAAUAUUCUGCAUAUUUAUCUACCAAAACAUAAUUUCAAAUAAUCUGUGGCCUUGGAACCAGGGUUUUUGUCGCAUAAUUUUUUGCCAUGGCCAACUUUUGUCUCCAGCUGUGUGGCUUUCUUCUCAGCAGCCUUGGAUGGAUUGGGAUUAUGAUUGCCACAUCUACUAGUGACUGGGUGAUCAGGUGUAAGUAUGGUAUGAAUACCUGUAAAAAGAUGGAUGAGCUGAAUUCCAAGGGACCCUGGGAGGAGUGCAUCAUCUCCACAGCACUCACACAUUGCUCUGCCUAUACACAGGUCCUGGAGCUGCCAGCCUACAUCCAGGCGACUCGAGCCCUCAUGGUGAUAGCAUCUAUCUUGGGUCUCCCAGCAGUGGGGCUCCUUGUCAUGUCUUUGCCUUGCAUCAGCCUUGGGAAUGAAGCCCAGAGCUCCAAGAACAAACGUGUCGUCUUUGGAGGAGUGCUAAUGAUUAUUGUUGCAUUGUGUGCCAUUGUGCCAACCAUCUGGUUUCCAAUUGGUGCCAACAACGAGGUUCCCCUCAUGUAUUUCGGUUUCUCCCUCUUCACCGGAUGGGUUGGCACUGUUUUUUGCUUACUGGGUGGCGUGAUGCUAAUGUGCUCGUCAGAUUCCUCUACGUCCUCGUCUCGCACCUACCAGGACAACAACCACUUUUACUACUCCAAACAGGGAGGUGUCAACCAGCCAGCAGCCUCCUCCAACAAUCAUGCCAAAAGUGCCCAUGUCUAAGGAUGGAGAUCCUGUGUGUACAUUUCUAUUUACAGACAUUUGCACAAAAUCAAACAAAGAUUCAUGAUAUUCAUGUCGGAUGUAAAAUGUAAAGGACAGCAGACACAGAAAACUUGAGUUAUUACACAACCGAAUACAACAUUUAAAAGCUAUUUUUUUGAGGAGUGAUGUUUUUUUUCCUGAAAUUCCAACUUAAAUUGACAUUUUACAUUUAUUUGUAGGAGCAUUGCUUAAUAAGUACCCUAAAGAUGUAAUCUUAUGAUGCCAUUAGGGCACAGAAGAAUUACAUCUUAAAUCUUUGUCAGGGUUAUAUCUUUUAAACCUAAGUAUAAUUUUUGUAUUUUUUGAUCUAAUAUGGCUUUGAAAGCAUUAAUCUUUGUGAUAUUUUAUUCUAUUUUUUUUUUUUUUGUGUAUUGUACAUAGGUUGAUUUUGUCAGUAUUAAUGAUUCAAAUGUGAGGGAUUGGAUUCAAGCGAUGUAGCACAGCUUUUUUUAAUGAAUUAUGGUAGUUGCAUUGUACCAUAGAUGCUUAAGCAAAGUUUUACAAAGCAGUGUUUAAUUAUCUCUAAAAGAAUCACUUUUUGCACUGUAAAAACUUUUUAUUGUAUCAGUCAAUUAAUAAUUAAAAAAACUUUAAAUGUCACAAUAAA